AUUCGCUCAAGGCAGUACCUGGGGCUCCAGCGGAAUUUGCAUUCAUCCCCAUUGUAAACAAAUAGGCAGAUGAUGGAAACACGUGCUGGAGGAGAAGCCUGCAGGCUGGGGACUUCCUUUUGCGUUUUGCAUUUUUGUGGUCUGAUAGCAGCCAGUGAGUAAAAGCCUCUGCUUGAAACUUUCAAGAAUCCAGACACUUUGCUGAAUGCAGCUUGCAACUUGAGAGAGACGUUCUUCAAAACCAUUCAGGGCUGCUCGCUCUUCCGAUGCUGACGGAUUUUGAAUCAUAGCUUGAUAUAUUUUUUUAAAAACUUCAGAAGAAACCCUGAGAACGUGUGUUAUGUGGGAACUCUGAAUAUUGGUUAUUCAAUUGUAGGGAAAACCAGGUAUUUAUCAUGAAAGCAGCGUAAAGCGUCAAAACACCGGUAUCAUCUUAUUAGCUGACUGGACUGAGGACAUUGUUUCCCAUUUAUUUUAAUGAGCCGCUUCGCCGCCAAAAUGAAAGACGACUACAGUGAAGAAGAGGAAGUGCAUUCUAUGGGUUACAAGAGGUUUGGAAUCCAGGAAGGGCCUCAGUGUAAUCGAUGUAGAAAUAACUGGGCACUGAAAUUUGCUAUUCUGCUGCUCUAUGUCCUGUGUGCCAUGCUGACCAUUACUGUAGCCAUCCUGGGAUAUAAAGUUGUACAAAGAAUGGACACUGUGACCGAAGGAAUGGAAACAUCACGAAAGAGUUAUACAGAGAAACUAACUGCAGUCGAGACAGAUCUGAAGAAAUUAGAUGACCAGACUGGUGUGAAAGAUGAAAGUACCACGACAGAACUGUCUAAAUUCAAAACAGAUAUCCAGUUUCUUCAGAACCAACUUGGUGACAUUGCAGACAAAGCUUCCAAAAACAAACUUUCACUGGAUAAGCUACAAGAGACUGAGCAAUCAAUGACAACCAACCACAACGCCCUGAAAACUUUGUUGGAUAGCAACUCAAGAUCCAUCAAAGACAUAAACCAGACUUUAUUGACAUACAGUAGUUACAUUACUAACUUGGAAGAAAUCUCUGAUAAUCUGCAAAAUGACAUACAAAGGCAAACCAAGUCUCAGAGCAAUGCAGUGAUAAAUCUCAGUCAGUUAAAUCAGACACAGAUCCAGCAAAGAGAUUUAUUCAAUGCAUUGCAAAAAUCUGUUGAUGAUACCAGUCAGUCCAUCCAGAAAAUAAGGAAUGAUUGGCAGGCUCUCCAACACACUAUGCUUCAAGCACAAAAAGACACAGACUGGCUGAAAGAGAAACUGCAAUAUCUACAAUUGCAAGCAAUGAACAACUCAAUCAUGGUGACUGGUAAUAGCGAUACUUUGGAAGAUAUGAGUAAUCAGCUAAACACUCUGAGUUCACAGAUGGGAAAUACAAGUUUCAUGGCUAACAUUCACGAAGAGAGUCUCAGGGAUCUGCAGCAGUUUCAAAAAGCUCAUGAAAACAAAACGUCUGCCAGUUUUGAACAACUUGAAGUGCGCAUGGAUGUAAAUGAGAGAGACAUCAGUAGUAUUAUAGGGAACAUCAGUUGGACUGUGCAACAUCUUCGCUCAUUGACAAGCAAUUUGAAUGAUAUAAAAACCACUUGCACCAAUACUUUAAAUCAACAUGCGGACCAACUGGCAAUCCUGACCAAUGAUAUGGACAGUGUCCGAACAGACAGCUCUCUCCUCAAAGCACAGCAAGGUAUAAUGAAGGCCAGGUUGGAUAUUGAGGUUGGCAACUUGUCUAUGAUCAUGGAAGAAAUGAAACUUGUCGACACAAAGCAUGCUCAGCUGAUUAAAAACUUCACAAUUCUUCAAGGUCCUCCUGGCCCAAGAGGUCCGAAAGGUGACAAAGGAAUACAAGGACCAAGUGGCACAAAAGGAGCCAGAGGACAAAAAGGGGAUCGCGGAGAAGUCGGACAACCUGGACCGAUGGGUCCAAAAGGUUCUCGAGGCCCUCCUGGAUCAAGAGGAGAGAAGGGCAGUCAAGGAUAUAGAGGCCCUCCUGGCAUAAAAGGACAAAAAGGUUCAAAUGGAAGACCUGGUGCAACAGGAGCUAAAGGAAGCAUGGGACUGCCGGGUCUAGAUGGACCUGUUGGCAAACUAGGUCCAUCAGGGCUACCAGGGCUUCAAGGUCAACCAGGAGCACCAGGAGCUACAGGCACCCCAGGACCAAAAGGCCCUCCAGGACCAAAAGGCCCUCCUGGUCUACCAGGCCCUCCAGGUCCCAUAGGACUAAUAAACCAAGCUCCGACUCUUCCUCCAAAACCAAAUGGUUGUCCUCCUAAAUGGAAGAAUUUUAAGGAUAAAUGUUAUUAUUUCUCUGUUGAUCUUGUCGAAUUUGAAGAAGGAAAUAAUAUGUGCAAAAACAUGUCAUCCAACAUGAUUAUAAUUAAUAACAAUGAAGAACAGCAAUGGGUCAGAAAACAAAUACGUGGAAUAAAUUACUACUGGAUUGGUCUGUCAGACACUGAAGAGCGCAAUGUAUGGAAAUGGGUGGAUGGAACCAUUGCAGAAUACACAAACUGGAGGCCAGGGCAACCCGAUAACUGGCAACAUGAAACAGCAACAGAAGAUUGUGCUGGCUUGGCUACAGGUGCAUUGUGGAACGACUUCUUCUGCACAGACCUCAAUGGUUUGAUUUGUGAAAAGAGUGUCGACAAAGAUCAACUUAAAGCGUGAUUCUCCUGAGUAGCCUAAAGAGCACAUCCAGAGACAUUUCCAGACCAGUUUCAGAGGUGGUCAUCAGUUUCAGGUCUUCGAUUACCAAAGGAAGCUUCAGAUCUGCGUCAUUAACCUAGUUUCCCGAACAUCAUUUCCUCAUGCCGGGCAUUUGAAGUUAAAUCUUCAGCCCACUUUAACUUUUAAUUUGAAGUUAGCCCAAAACUUUAUUCUUUAAAGAAUAUCUAUUAUUCAAUAACAAUUAUUGUUUAUGAAAAGUGAAAUAAGCAAGAAAAUAUAUUGCAAAAUUCAGGAGUCCUUUUUUUUGUUUUAUUUUCCUUAACUACUUAUGUCAAUAUAAGAAAAUUUAUACAUUAACACUAGUGUUUAAAAAAUAUUUACCAUUCUGCAUAGUAACAGACUUACACACAGCUUUCACGAAUGUUUCUACUGAACCUUCUGUGUCGAGUUUACAAUGAAAUUUUUAAAAAUUCCCCUAUCAACUAAAAUACCAAAUAUAAGGUGUAGGAACAGGAUUUGAUAUGGAUCUCAUUUUGUUACCUUCCAGUUGCUGUAGAGAUGACUUCUUAAAUGUUUCAUCACAACAAGUAAGAGAAAACUAUUGCCCAUCUGCUUAAGUAAAGCAGUCAUUUUACUUUCAUUGGACAAAAAUAAUUUCACCCGAAAGCAGAAUGUGUUAAGAGUAUACUUGCAAAUGCAAAUGUUACAGUUCAAUGGGAAUUACUGUGCUUUCUGACCAUGAAGGUCCAUUUUGACAUCAGUAGCUGGACAUCCCAGAAGGUAACUCAAAAAGGCACCACUUUCUUUAUAUUCAAGCAAUGUCACUGGAACAAAAGAAACCAAUCAUGUAAACUACUGCCCUACACAACCUUUUGACUUGCAUGAAAUGCAAUCCUAUGUGAUCUAUAACUAUUCCCAUUUUAAACUAACCUAAGGAUUUACACUAACAAUUAAACCCUAUUUAAGAGUCUACCAUGACCACUAAUUAAAUAUUCAAAACAUUUAAUCAGUCAAUAUUUGCAAAACACUUACGCAGCAAUGCUCAGCCGUCAACUACCGAUGGAGUCAGCGAUGUAAAAUAUAAAGAUCCUUUCAAUUCAUAUUUGCAAAAACUGUAGGAGAUAGUAACUAGUUUUGUGCCACACUUUGUUUUAAAUAGUCACAUAACAAAACGGAAUACAAUUAAUUAAGAUUAAAUUACAUUAUGUUAUUCUCAGUCAUUCCACCUUAUGAAAGGUUUGAUUUCAAUUCUGAUCCAAUAUUUUGAAAAAAUCUAUUUUGCACCUAUUUAGAUUUGAAGAAGAAGAAUGCAGAAGAAUGAUCCCAAAACAAAUUUUAUUAGUUACUUGGUUACAAAUCAGUUUUAAAAUAGCAAUUAGACUGAUGCAAUCAAGUCACAUCACAGUCGUGGAUUACAGUGCUUUGCAAUUUUCUUAUUUUAAACUUGUCAUAUUAGGAAGCUACCAAGCAGAACGCAGUACUAUCCCACAAAGGCAGGGGGCUGAAGUCAUUGUUUUGGCUGUCCACACUCAAAACAUCUGUGACAACUAGUUAUAGAACAGUACUGGUUCAGUCUGAGAAGGAGAUUGCAAGUCCAUUCACUCAGCCAGAGAAAGUAAGUGAAAAGGGAAAUUAAAGUAAUUGCAAUUAAAGAGAAAAUAGGUUUUGUUACAUCAUUAUCGAAAGCAAAUGUCAUAUGACAGUGUUUUUAAACAUUCCUUUAAGAGAGUCAAUUAAAAGCCAUGCACCAGUCAGUUUUUGCUUUAAGUAACUUCAAUGGGCUCAACACAUGGAUAUGUAUUACCUUACUGCCAAAUACAUCUGUAAUAACCAAAACUAAAACAAAACCAACAUGAAUUGUGAAAUAAAAAUGAUUUUAUUUAAACAGGUGUGCUUUGAUUUCUCCAAGUUUUGCCUGGCUCCAGAGAUCUGCGCUGGUAUUUAUGCUCCUCUUGAACUCUGUCAUUAGUACAGUCACAUUUUAUCAAGUAAUAAACUCUCAAGCAGAAUAGAUUUUUACAACUAUUGAUGAUAAUUGUUUUAUUUCACUACUGAAGAAAACUACAUGCACUCUAGAUAUUUUAGGGGAGAGAUAAAGAAAUUACACAUACAUGCAGUACCUUGUAGAACUCCCAGGAGCAGCAAGUGAAGCAGACAGGAGACCUUAUUUGAGUAGUAGGCAAAAUGUCAGUUUCUGAAUGUGUGAUGACAACUGGUUAUUAAGUUGGCAGUGGGAUUUAACUUCAUCCAGUUAAAUUGUACCUUUGGAAUUAAGUAUGUAGUAGCAGAUGAGAAACACGUCUUCAGAUUCAUGAUUGGUCAAAGGUGGCAAGGUCACUUCCUGGUGAAUUGAAGCCAGUGAUUUACUCUUUCUUAGUUCCUGUUUUUUAGUUUCAACCCUUUGUUCAUCCAACUAGCUGAAUGUUUGCUGUCUACAAUAUUUUGAAAAAAGAUUUUUCAUAUUUCUUAUAAUAUAUUCGGAUAAUAUCGAUGUUGAUUUACAUCUCUUUGGAUAAUUAUCCAUUCUCUGUUUUGAUCUUUGCUUCACACUCUUUGGCCUUCAUUUAGUUUUGAUAAGUUCUUUGCAAAUAGUUCCUACUUUAGUUUUUUGCUUCUGUUGUUUAAGUUUUCUGUCUGUCUUACACUGUUUGAUAGUCCAGGAUAGUUAGUUUUGGGAGUAAUUUCUUGGGAGUAGAGGAAGUUGUGGUUUGAGUUUCUUUCCUCUCAGUAACUGUGAUGGUGCUAAUCCAGAUAGUCAGAGUGCUGCUAAGGAAUUUGUUUUUGUCUUCAAAAGUGAUUUGAUCGUUCUGACUCCUUAUUCUGCUACAUUAGAUUGAGGAUGCCUGAGAGAACUUGUAAGAUGUUGUAGUCCUUUUUUACAAUGAAAUUAGUGAAAUAUUCAUAAGUUGUAGGCCAUUGUCCAAUACAACUUGGACUGGUAUCGAUCUGUUGUAAUAUUUCUUACAAAGCUCUAACAGCUGUUUUCAUAUCAUAUAUAACUGUUUAACUUCAAUGUAUUCCAGAAAAAUAAAUUAUGACAAUAAAUAUCACUUGUCACUAAUGGAGAAUAAACCCUUUCCUAGAUAUUUUCAUGGUCUGUGUGGAAAUUUGCAUAUUAGUAGUGGUUCUUUGUUCUGAAGAGCACAUUGCACAUAGCUCACAACUUAAAAUUAUAUCUUUUCUAUCUUUUAAAUUUCCCAGCCACUGCACUGAGCAUAACCUCUGCAUUUCAUUAUGUAGUUUUUUAUGACAUCUGCAGAAUGGAAGAACAUUGUCCUGACUAUACCAAUAGAUUUUGUUCUGGACAACCUUGAAUGGACAAUUGGUGAACUUGCAUGGUGUCUUCCUCUUAUAUCAAUACAUGACAAAGUUCUCAGAGUUUGUUAGUGUCUGCCAGCCAAUAUGCUGGAAUAUUCUAAGAGUAUGACUCAAUUUCGUCAAUAAAAUUCAUAUCUUGCUGUGUGGGUCUAUCCGUAGUUGCUCUGGACAAUGUACCUACUUUUAUUUGUAUUUUACCCUAUACAUAUUCCAUUUCAUAACCAAAUCUCAUUAAAUGCAGGUGGAAUAUUUGGGUCCUUGGUGGCAUUCUUGCGAAUUACCUUCCAUCUAGUAAUGGAACUAAGGGCAAAAGUAGAAAUUGUUCGAGAAACUUAGUUGGUAUGGCAGCAUCUGUGGACAGCAAGCAGACUUAACAUUGAGUCCAGUGACCCUUCUUCAGGAUGGAUAGUAGCUAGAAAAAGGUGGCACAUAAGCUGAAGACGGGGGGUGAUGGGAGGAAAAGGAGUGAGCAGAUAGGUGGAGAUGGGACCCAGAGAGAAAGAAUGGUAGUUAGGCAGACAAAGGAAUGGAUAAUAGUAGGGAGAAAGAAAAGCUGAUAAUGGGGACCAUGAGUUUCUGUUUUAGUUUCAGAUUUCCACAGUUCUUUGUUCUAUUUUAAAGAAACUAAGAGGUUGGUGUGUGUAUCUAUGACUGCUCUAAGACCAAUUACAUAGUCUGGGAACUUCUUUCUCGAGAUCUGUUAAUCUUGUCUCAGUAUCUGAGAGUGCUUAGGACACAUGAUAGAUCAGCCUUUAGCUUCAAUUUGUCUGUACUUUUAAAAAGGUUGGUUCCAAAUUACUGGUUGAGGUAUCUUAGAGUCAUAGAGAUGUACAGCAUGGAAACAGACCCUAUGUUCUGUGAUUAUGGUUGGUAAUGAGGGGCUGCAGUGUGUUAGAAUAACUAAUGGAAUUAGCAUUCAUUAUUCUUUGAUUGUCUGUUUCUGGUUUGUAUUUCAACACUAUUGUUGUACUUUCCUCAAUAGUUUCCUGAAAGGUUCAGUAAUUUGGGCCAAAUUUGGUAAGAAUGUUGCUAUUUCAUUGACCAUUGUAGGAAUACCCUGAAGUCUUGGACAAAAGUAGGAGUAGGGAAGUAAUUAUCUUUUGUGGCUUUGACAUUGUACCUUUGCUACUCACAAUGUGACCUAAGAAAAAAUUAGAUAUUUUUGAAAAUUCUCAUUUUUCAUCAGGUGUUAAUGAUGUAACUUGCUGUAAACAAUGUAACACUCCUCAAAGUCUCUGUUCAUGUUGUUCAACUGUUCCACCAAAUGCCAUAAUAUAGCACUAUGGCCUUGUAAAAUGUUAGACAUUUGUCUUUGGAAAAUUUCUGGAGCUGAUGUUAUAUUGAAUAGCAAAUAAUUAAAAUAAAAUCUCCCAAACAAAGUUA